AACACAGUCUUCGACACUAAAUGCAAUGAAGAAACUGGAAGUAAAUUUGAUGGUGACAAAGAUAUGGAUGACAAAGCAAUGCACCAAAGAAAUGAGGAUUCUGAAAGAUUGCACUCUGAUGGUCUAGCUAGUGAAGGGAUGUCCAGUGAUGCUGAACUGUCACAUGGCCCCUCUGUUUUGGCUGAUGCAAGGUUAUCUGGAGUAGAGAAUUCGUCUACUUGGAUCAGCUUGGAUAUGUCCAGCAAUGAAGCUAUUGCAUUGGGAAAUGAAGCUUGUAAUAGCUGUAUUUCUCAUGGUCAAAGUUCAGCUGAUAUGAUUCAAGAGAUCAUUGGUACAGCAGUAGGAGGCGAAUCUAAUGAUGUGGACAGAAGUAGCGAUGACAAAUUGAUGUUUAAAGACUUUGAGGGUGACAAAUCUAAGUUCGGUUCCUUCUAGUCGGGCGUGUAGUAUUUCUGUUGUCCAGCUACUAGGUGUGCGUGUCCUUCUGAUCGGCUGAUGCUGAUCCUUGUGAAGUUGCCCUUGUUUUUAUAGUUUUCCCUUUUCAUUUGUUUAAGGUGAAUGUCCUGUGUAGUGUGUACAAUGUACGUAUAUAAAUUACUAGCUAGUUUGUAUACCAAAUUAUUUAACCGUUGUUUUUCCAGUUAGAUGUAAUUAUUUUUUUA